UUCUGUAGUUCCGCCCACCUCCCAACCACGAAUAAUGCCAUCCAAUACUGUUGCCAAAUCUUCAAUUGGUACCGACUCCUUUAAUUUAUUGACAGCAAGGACCCAAUGCAAAGAAAGUUUUACAUCAGCCCAUUUGACAGAGGCUUUUUCUACUGCUAAUCAUUCUUCUGUGGCGAAAUACGUGAAACUUCCUUCAAUUUCCAUUUCCAUAAAAGACAAUCUUACACAAGUUGCACUUGAUCAAGCAAGCUGUCCAGUUGAAACCGAAACUGCUUACCCCAAAACUGACAAUAUGACAGCUUCCAGAACUGCCAGCCAUCCCACUUCAUAUACAGAAGAUUAA